UUAACGCACCUUGACCUCCAGCACUGUAAACAUAAGCUGCUCACUGACCAGUGCGACCAAAUCCACCGGCAGCAACCGGUUUGUCACAUGACUAGCAUGCAGCCCUGCCUGCCUGUGUGUCUGUGUAUUUUUUAUUUCCGCGUUCAUCGAGGGAGCGCUGGGCUGAAUGAGUUUUUACGGCCGCUGUGUGUCUACCUUUCACGCCGCGAAACUGCGUCGCCGUGUUGGGAUCUGUCGGGCGGGGGGAAACUCACGCAAUCGCAUCGCCUGGACCCACGCUGCAGCAGGACCAUGCUCACGCGGGUGAAAUCGGCGGUGGCCAAUUUUAUGGGAGGUAUGAUGGCUGGUGGCUCCAACGGUGACCAUCCCGGCGCUGGCUCGGAUCUGCCGCUGAAAUUUCCGUACAGCAGACCGGAGUUCUUGGGACUGUCGCCGGACGAGAUAGAGUGCUCGGCGGACCACAUCGCGAGACCGAUCCUCAUACUGAAGGAGACCAAACGGCUGCCGUGGGCCACCGGCUACGCAGAGGUAAUCAAUGCAGGAAAGAGCACUUUAAAUGAGGACCAGGCCUGCUGUGAGGUGCUGGUGGUCAAAAGGAGACCUGCAGGAAGCUCCACGCCCAACCGGACCCCGAUGGACCGCAGGAGGUCUUCCCUGCCCAAUGGAGAGAGUUUGGGCCUCCGGGAGUGCUCAGACAGCUCUGAAGACCUAACCUUCCACUACUGGGCGUUGUUUGAUGGCCAUGCUGGCUCUGGGGUGGCUGUAAUGGCUUCCCGCCUUUUACAUCACCACAUCGCCAUGCACCUUCAGGAGGUGGUGGAGAUUGUCUGCACUCCAAACCUGCUGGCCCCCACAUGCCUCGGAGAGGAGCCUAUCAAUCACCACCUCACCUCUACAUCCCAACGCGCCCUCACCAGGGCCGCCUCGCUCCGCGGCGCUGCAGGGGCUCCGGGCUCACCCAGCACCCCACCUACACGCUUCUUCACUGAGAAGAAAGUCUCACAAGAGAGCCUGGUGGUCGGAGCCAUUGAGAAUGCUUUCAAAGACAUGGAUGUGCAGAUAGAGAAGGAGAAGGCCGUCUACAACAUCUCAGGUGGUUGCACUGCUCUGGUGGUUGUCUAUUUGCUUGGGAAGCUCUACGUUGGGAACGCUGGGGACAGCAGGGCUAUCAUUAUCCGGACAGGGGAAGUCGUCCCCAUGUCAGCAGAGUUCACACCGGAGUCAGAGAGACAGCGACUGCAGUUCCUGGCCUAUAUGCAGCCCCACUUAUUAGGAAACGAGUUUACACAUCUGGAAUUCCCGAGGAGAGUCCAGAGAAAGGAAGUGGGGAAGAGGAUGCUGUACCGUGACUUCACCAUGUCGGGAUGGGCGUAUAAAACCAUUGAGGAUGAUGACCUAAAGUUUCCCCUGAUCUACGGCGAAGGAAAGAAGGCUCGUGUGUUGGCGACCAUCGGGGUCACCAGAGGUCUCGGGGACCACAAUCUCAAAGUGCACGACUCUAACAUCUACAUUAAGCCCUUCCUGUCCUGCUGCCCAGAGGUCAAGGUUUACCCUUUGGCACAGUGCGAGCAUGGAGCUGAUGACGUUCUGGUGCUGGGAACCGACGGUCUGUGGGACGUCCUCUCUAACCAGGAAGUAGCUGAAGCGGUCACCUGUUUCCUGGCAAACUGUGACCCCGACGACCAGCACAGGUACACAAUGGCAGCUCAAGACCUCGUAAUGAGAGCACGAGGGGUGCUGAAGGAUCGAGGCUGGAGGAUAUCCAACGACAGAUUAGGCUCUGGAGAUGACAUCUCUGUCUACAUCAUUCCCCUCAUGUACGGCAACAAGCAGAACUAGCCAAGCUACGUAACUACAACCACUAAGAAACGUAAUCCUGCCUUCUGCAAACCCCCUCAUCCCUUAUACUCUUUUUAAAAGUGCUUUAGUGUGGAUGUCCUCCUCUGCUGAGGGAUCCAAGAUGUCUCUGGUCAGAAAUGGGAUUUUUGUCCAGGCUGUUUCCCCUAUAAUCAUCCCCAAACAGGAUGAUCUCUUUUUGUCUGGUCCUUUUUUAUAGAAAAGAAACGUGAAAAGAGCUGUUGAAGAGAACUACUGUUUUUUGUUUUUUUGUUGUUUUUUUUUAUCUCGAGGAAGCCAUUAUGAACCUUGUUG